UCUGUACCCCAACCAGGAAGUAGCUCAAAUUCAUUGAAUGAUGUUAGAUACACGCGUGUAGAUGAACUGCACUGCUUAUCAAAAUGCGCUCCAGAACCGAAGCUCAAGCACCGAUGAAUGGACCUGUCAGGUCUGAUAGAAAGGAUCCAGAUCAAAGACCUCGCAACCAAAGUGAAGCUAGAGGCAGAUGGUGGAACAGCUCUUUGCUCCUGAACAUUGGGAAGUGUCUAAUUUUGAUUAUCAUCAUCCCUCCAUUCCUCAACUAUGCAUCACUGCAGAGAGAAGGACAAAUGCUCUUGCCUAAAGAUGGCCUGAUUGUUGAUAUUGGUUUGGGUCAAAAGAUGCAUCUUCUGUGUAAAGGAAAUGGAAUACCAGUUGUCAUACUGGAUGCACCAACAGGAAUGUCCUCAGACGUUUGGUUUCAUGUCCAAGAAAGUGUGGCCACUGUAACAAAGGUCUGUACCUAUGACAGGACAGGAUUGGGCUUUAGCAAGAGGCUGAUGUACAAUGAAACUUCAGGAACUGAGAAAAUCUGGGGAACGUCAACAACUGGACGGAUGGUAGAUGAUCUGCACCAACUUCUGCAGGCUGCUGGCAUACCCAAGCCCCUCAUCCUCGUAGGCUCCGAGCUCGGCGCACUCAAUAGCAGAUUCUACAGCCAUAUUCAUGAUACGCAAGUGUCAGACCUGGUGCUGAUAGAUCCCAUCCCAGAGGACCUUUUCGAGGAGGACCAGUGGACAGAUUACUGGUAUGGUAAGCUGUUGCCAUCCCUCCAAGCAAGGCAGUUUUCUGCAGCAACAGGGUGGAGCCGUAUGCUGCUUAUCCUUGGAGCAAUUGAACCAACUAUUACAGGCGAAAAUUUCUCCGAGGAGUUCAUGCAGCGCCAGAAGUAUCUACUAAGUAACCCGGCCCACCAGAGCAGCGCUGUGGAUGAACAUUACUUUUUGAAUGAAAGUGCAGCACAAGUAAGGGAUAUCUCAAAGUUUAAGCCCCUGAGUAGCCGAACAGCCGUGAGUGUUAUCACUGGGGAAUCCUUUGACCAGCAAAUACCAGAGCACCUAAACCAGAUGGUAGCUAGGCUUCAAAAGAAGCUUCUGGAAGAGCACUACCCAUCAGCCAAUCACAUUCACAUAAAAGGAGCAGACCGGCGAAUGAUCUACAAGGAGCCAUCUGCCAUCAGCCAGCACCUGAGGAGGCUAGUCCACCAACGACAAGGCAAACAGUAGAGCAAGUGAUAGACAGCUUAUAACAGUAACCCAAGCAUAGGCAAAGUGACUGUUAAAUGUGUUAAAUGCUGGAUGGAGUCUACACCACGUCAUAAUGUUUUUGCAAUAUUACACAGGCGUAAUUUCUCAAUUUAAUUUAAACCUCCUUGAGUUCAAUAUUUUCAUUCUGCCAUGUUAAAGACAAGAAAAAUCAGCCCCUUGGUGGCAUCAGCUUCAGUCUUUGGCAUGUUUUGAGAAAAACUACAAACACUGAACCUUUAUUUUUGUACUUUGAUUAAUUUGAUUUAUUUGAUAAAUUGCAAAAAGAGAUGUCUGGCCCCUGCUUUGUUAUUACAUGAAGUCGUACUUUUGAAUCUGUUUCUAACCGAUUUGUUGUUAAUUUCCUGGCACAUCUGUUUUGAUGGGUAGAGGGAGAGCAAAAGACAGACCACACAGCAAUAGUUUAUCCUGAGGAUUUAGGUUUAAUUAUGACACCACAUCAAAAUAAAAAUUUCCAACAGAUCUGGAAUUGAAUUCCAUCGAUAUACAUGCAUAGCAACAACUUUUAAGAAACAUUUUCUCCCAUAAUCAGGACAUUGGAAUGAUCAUUUUACAUCAGUAUUCCCACUGACCUCCCACCCUUCUUGUUUAUCAGCAAUAAACUUAAUUCUUGUA